AUGCCGAAGGAUAGGAGUUGGGUUUUGCUAGAUGAUCAUCGAUUAGACGCAUUUCAAAAUGGUUGUUUAGAAUUUCUCGACUUUGCUUUCGAUAAGGCGGCCAUUGAUGACAAAAUAAGGUGUCCAUGUAGAGACUGCAAAUGUCGAAAAGUCGGGGAUCGUGAAUUCGUUCAUGAGCAUUUACUUUGGAGGGGCUGGGAUAAAUCCUAUGGCAAAGGACAAUGGGUAAUGCAUUUGGAGUCUGAUGAAGAGUACCGUAGGGUUCUUUGCGAAGUAAACGAAGAAGAAGCUAGUGAAGUAGGGGGGUUUGGUGUUGUACAUUUGAAUGAAGACGAUGACAUGAGUGCCGAUAUUAAUCCCACAAUGGAUGAAUUAUUGCAAGCAUGUCUCAAUCCUGCUCAACAUGCCCUAGGUGAAGAGUCCAGCUCAGAAAGUGAUGAUCUCCGCAAACUCAUUGAAGAGUGGUGUAUCCUUUUAUAUGAAGGUUGCACUGAUAACUCUAAACUUUCCUUCAUGAUGGACUUUUAUAAAAUCAAAUCUCGGGGUAAAAUGAGCGAUAAGACAUUUUCAGAAACCCUCCAACUUAUGAAAAAGAUUCCUUCCCUAAAUAUUCCCGAUUCUUUCUAUGAAGUUAAGAAGCUUAUCGGGAAGUUGGGAUGCGGUUAUGUCAAAAUUGAUGCAUGUGAGAAUGAUUGUAUGUUGUUCUGGAAGAAUGACAAAGACUUGGACAAAUGCAAAGUGUGUGAUGCUUCAAGAUGGAAGAGUCCCACAGAAAAUGAACCAAGUUGUUCAACCUCUCAUCGCAAAAGAGUACCUAAGAAAGUCCCCCGACACUUCCCGUUAAUUCCUAGACUCAGACGUUUGUUCAUAUGCGAGAAAACAUCAAUUCAUAUGAGAUGGCAUGCUGAGUCUCGGUGUAACGAUGGUUGUUUAAGGCACCCUGCCGAUUCUGAUGGGUGGAAAGAAUUUGAUAAGAAGCAUGAUUCAUUUGCUUCAGACCCCCGAAACGUAAGGCUCGGCUUGGCUACAGAUGGAUUCAAUCCAUUUGGAUCAUUGAGUAGUAAGUAUAGCACGUGGCCGGUUAUUCUAAUGACUUACAACUUACCACCAAAUAUGUGCAUGCAACGUUCUUUUAUGAUGAUGUCUUUGCUUAUUUCUGGUCCUCAAGGACCGAAAAAUGGCAUCGAUGUUUAUUUGCAGCCACUGAUAGAGGAGCUGAAAGAGUUGUGGGUUACUGGAAUUAGAACCUUUGAUGCAUCCACCAAACAGUACUUCAAUAUACGAGCGGCCAUUUUGUGGACUAUCAAUGAUUUUCCAGCAUAUGGUAACUUAUCAGGAUGGAGCACAAGUGGCUAUCUUGCUUGCCCAAGUUGUGGUGAAAAUACAGUAUCUGAGCGGCUGUACAAAUCGAACAAACAGUGUUUUAUGGGCCACAGUCGUUUUCCCGAGGAAGGGGCACCACCUCCACCUUCGGGCGACGAGGUUUUAUCACAGACAGAUGGAAUCAAUGUUAUAUUUGGGGCAGGUCAAGCAGUUCAUAAAGAUUCUCAAUGGCGGAAGAGAAGUAUUUUCUUUGAAUUGCCUUAUUGGAAGGAUAAUCUGAUACGUCACAAUUUGGAUGUCAUGCACAUCGAGAAAAAUAUUGGUGAGUUGUUACUUAAGUGGCUGUUAAAUAUUCUUAACAAAAGCGAUGGUUUCGACAAUGCCAAAGAGGAUAUCGAAAAAAUAAAAAAACCACCGCCGGGAAAAUCUGGUCCACGAUUUCCCAAUUUAGUUCCUAAAUUGGGGAAAUAUCACAAGAUGUCUGCUCAAUCUAAGAAAGCUGUGUGUGAUGUUAUAGCAAGCAUUAAGGUCCCUAAUGGUUAUGCAUCAAAUAUAGCCCGUUGCGUUAAUGAAGAUAAAAUAGGGUGGUUGAAGAGUCAUGACUAUCAUGUUUUAAUGCAACAAUUGCUUCCCUUAGCGGUUCGCAAUGUGGGGUUACCGACAAAGAUGGCUUCCGCCAUUAUCCGAUUGUGUAAUUUUUUUCGAGGAUUGUGUUCCAAAACCAGCAAGUUUGAUGACUUCCAAAAGCUUCACUCUGAUAUUGUAAAAAUACUAUGCGACUUGGAGAAGUUUUUUCCUCCGGCUUUCUUUGUUGUUAUGAUGCAUUUGCCGGCGGAUUUGGACAGAGUCUAUCAAGAAUGUAUGAAUGAUGGGAGUGAUGAAAGCACCGCUAACACGAUUGCUUGCGAACGAGUACUAGGAAAAACUAAAAGACUAGGACUUGGUUGCUCAAGUUCAAAGAAAGGGGCGAGGUCCAACUUAUCUUCUGUUGCUAGAGAUGAAGAAAUAGCGGCUUUGAAAGAAGACAAUCAAACUUUAAAGGACGAGAUGAAUCAAAUGCAGAGUACUAUGAAAGCCAUGGUCGAAUAUUUUAGGGCUCAAGGUGUCGAGUUCCAUCCCCAGAAUCCACCCAGCGACGACAACUAG